AUGACGACGAAGCUUGUUUGCUUGCUGGUGGUGGUGGUGUUCGCGGCGGCGGCGACGGUGGGAGCCGGCGAGCUGAAGGUUGGGUACUACGAGAAGACGUGCAAGGACGUGGAGAAGGUCGUGAACUCCAUCGUCGUCGACUCCGUCAAGGGCAACCGCGGCAAGGGCGCCGGCCUCGUCCGCCUCCUCUUCCACGACUGCUUCGUCAGGGGGUGUGACGCCUCCGUGCUGCUGGAGAAGAGCGAGGUGAACCGCCGGCCGGAGAAGGACUCCGGCGCCAACAUCGGGAUACGGGGCAUGGACGUGAUCGACGCCAUCAAGGCAGCGCUGGAGGAGCGGUGCCCCAACACCGUGUCGUGCGCCGACAUCAUCGCCUACGCGGCGCGCGACGCGGCCAGGUACCUCAGCCGCGGCGGCGUCGACUUCGCCGUCCCCGCCGGCCGCCUCGACGGCGUGGUCUCCCGCAGCAGGGACGCCGACACGUACCUCCCCGACGCGGCGUCCAACCUUACCGACCUCGUCCGCAACUUCCGCCGCAAGAACUUCACCGUGGAGGAGCUCGUCAUCCUCUCCGGUGCGCACUCCAUCGGCGUCACCCACUGCACCUCCUUCUCCGGCCGCCUCACCGCCCCCGCCUCCCAGAUCAACCCGGGCUACCGCAGCCUGCUCGUGUCCAAGUGCGGCGGCGUGUCGCCAACCCCGAGCAGCAACCCGACCGUGGUGAACAACGUGCGCGACGAGGACGCGGCGGCGGUGGCGAGGAGCUUGCCGGCGUUCGUGCCGCGGCUGAGGAAGGCGAAGGACUACAUGGACAACAGCUACUACCACAACAACCUGGCCAAGGCCGUCACCUUCCACGCCGACUGGGCGCUGCUCACCGGCAAGGAGGCGCGCGGCCACGUCGUGGAGUACGCCAAGAACGGCACGCUGUGGAACCUGGACUUCGCCGACGCGCUGGUGAAGCUGAGCAAGCUGCCCAUGCCGGCGGGCAGCAAGGGGGAGAUCAGGGCCAAGUGCAGCGCCGUCAACUACCACCACUGA